AUGGCUGAGUCAGCAAAAAUAUUCCGAGCUACAACAAUCACUGUCAAUGAAAAAUAUAUCUCUCAGUUCGAGGAAGGUGUCUGUAUAGAAGACUCAUGUUAUAUCCACAAGAUUAUAAGAAAACGCAAGAAUGUUCUUGAUGUAAUUCUAUGUGAGCCACAGGCAGGAGAUGUUAUUGCAGGACGCGUUGCUGAAACAACCAAAUAUCUUACUCACCUUGAACUUGGACCAGUACUACUUAUUGUUCCUCACAAGCAACAAGAGCAACCUAUAAAGAUUGAUGACGUAAAGAAGGUCCUAAUGCUAAAAGUAUUCUUUGAAUAUCCAGAACCCAUCAUUAGAGUAUAUGGAAGGUUUAUUGAUUAA